GCUGCUGCUGCUGCUGCUGGGCUCGCUAUUGCCGCUCGCUCCAGCUGAGCCCUGAGUAGCAGCAGGACCAGGGCAGGGACUGACUCUAGUCCUUGGACUUAGGACACCGCAGCACCUUCCCUUACGUGCGUGAUUAAUUCGCAUAUCAUUUCUGUUUAUGCCUGGGGUGGGGAGAAAAAUCCCAAACCAGCCGUGUAAAUGAGUAUGGAAGAUUAUGAUUUCCUGUUCAAAAUUGUUUUAAUUGGCAACGCUGGAGUGGGAAAGACGUGCCUAGUUCGAAGAUUCACUCAGGGUCUUUUCCCCCCAGGUCAAGGAGCCACAAUUGGAGUUGAUUUUAUGAUUAAGACAGUGGAGAUAAAUGGUGAAAAAGUAAAGUUACAGAUCUGGGACACUGCGGGUCAAGAGAGAUUUCGCUCAAUCACCCAAAGUUAUUACCGAAGCGCCAAUGCCUUGAUCCUCACCUAUGACAUCACCUGUGAGGAGUCCUUCCGUUGCCUUCCCGAGUGGUUGCGAGAGAUAGAACAGUAUGCGAGCAAUAAGGUCAUCACUGUGUUAGUGGGCAACAAGAUUGACCUGGCUGAAAGGAGAGAGGUCUCCCAACAGAGGGCAGAGGAAUUCUCAGAGGCUCAGGACAUGUAUUACCUGGAGACUUCAGCCAAGGAAUCUGAUAAUGUGGAGAAACUCUUCCUUGACUUAGCAUGCCGACUCAUCAGUGAAGCAAGACAGAAUACACUGGUGAACAAUGUAUCUUCACCCUUACCCGGAGAGGGGAAAAGCAUCAGCUAUUUGACUUGUUGUAAUUUCAACUAAAGGCUGAGGCAAAGAGAAUCAAAGGGAAUCAGUAGUUGCCUUGGUGGGCCGUAUGUUGCUAGGGAAUCUGGCAAUGACUAUGGCUCCUGCUCUUGGACCUUCUGACUCCUGUAGGCUCCAGAGCUUACAAAGCAUGCAGGCCAAGGGCCUCGACUGCAGGCCAGCAUUAGCAGAACACAUAAUGGUUUCAGCCUUUUGCAGUCUGGCAUUGGAGCAAGGAGAAAAUUGCACUAAGCGCUCCAUGAUCUGCAGAGCAUGUUGCUUUUGUUUUUUAAAAAGCAAGUAAAAAUGCAUUCCUGAACACAGUGCAGGGGAUCGUGUACUGCAGGAAUCCCUCCUGUGUGUCAGCGGGUGCAUGUGGGGCUGUUCUCUAGGCUUCAGUGGUAAUCUGGUGCCCGUGGUUUUCUUGUCUACCAGGUAAACCAAAACUGGAAAGGCCCAGUUCUGUCUCUGUGGUACUUAUUGACAACCCCAUGGAGAUUUUGAAAAGUGUUAUUUCUUUUGUCCACAAGCACUUUCAAAACCUUUGGGAUGUAAAAACAAAAACUCUUCUCAUGACCAACAGUAAAAAUUAUUGUCUAAUAACAUACAGCUCCAUGACUCCUUUUGGUGCUAAUGAUUAUGGUAUUUCACAGACCAAACGUUUUACUACAUUGAUAUUGAUACCCUUAGAUGUAUUACCUAGAAAUAAAAAGAAAAUGGGGGAAAUCCAUGAAUCAGCAGUCUUUUUCAACGCUUCAUUACCACCUUUUCUAGGAUGGGUUUGGACAUGAGAAUCCCUUUUCUUUCAUAUUCUCCUUGAAAUUUCUAAACUUUCUCCUGUUCUUUCAAACACCUUUCCUGCCCUUUAAGUAAAUCAAAGUCUGAAAAAAAAAUGGGGAAAAAUACAAUGGAUGAUGGUGUUAAAAUAAAAAAGAUUAGUUGUAAGACAUUUUGAGUAGCGUGGGAAAACAGAGCAGAUAUGACCAAAAUACUGUGGAAUACGGACUUACUGCAGAGCAGGGUUCCAGACAGAGCACAGUCCUUCAUAACAAGACGCACCUUUUCCUUUCUGGAACUACCCUUGGCUAGACCAAGGCUUAGGAGUUUGUAGACAUUUUUAGUAUGAUAAGUGAGAAUAGCAACAGAUGAAAAGUUUCACAAACCAUUUUUGUAUCUUCAAGAAACUUAGGAAAGGCCUGCUUGGGAAGCAAGCCAAGUUGUCAUUUAUCAUCUUAUAUUAAUGUUGAUCUCAGAUUCAUGACAAUGCAUUCUUUUACCUUUAUCUUUUCUUUCCCCUGGUCUCACCUCAGAGCUUUCCUUUCCUCUCCCUCUUCUUCCUUUCCAUUCUGGUAUGCAUGUGUUACUGCAAAUCUCCAAUUCAAAUGGAGGUGUAAAUGCCUUUACUUAGCCAAUUUCAAAACAGGUUUCAGAUUGGAAGAUGUGCUGCUGAAUGGGUUCCUGUUUCUUCAGUGCUAUGAUUUGAUACCUUCUAAUUUGUUCAUGCUCAUGAAUGCAAAUUGCAACAGCAAUUAAAUCUGUAUAUGCUGUUGGCGCUGUCAGGUGUUUCUGGGCUUGCUGUAUAGCAUAACUGAGUGAUGAAUCACUGAAUGAGGAUAUGACGUGUAAUUCCACUGUUGGUAUUGAUGGUGACAAUCUUGGACCUGACAUGACACUCUUGGAAAGCUACUGAAUUGUAAAGCAGUGAGUCAACGCAGCCGGCUAUUGGUAACACAUUUCUAGCGUUUAUCUAGCAGACUUCAUAAUGUCCAAUCUCUCACAUGGGACUGCGUGUAUUAUUACCCAUCAUUGGUAUUAUAACUUGCUCUCUAUGCUUUCCUUCAUUCUAUAAGAAAGAGAAAGGCUUGCCAAAAGUUUGCACUGCCUCUAUACAGGGAGAAAAAUCACUUGAAUCGAAAAUCAAAAUCAUUUAUCAUUACCUUGACUUUUCUAUUAAGCCAACAACUAAAGGCAUCAAAAGAUAAACUAAUCAAGGUUACAGAAGAAUUUAUCUUUCUUCUAUGAGAGAAUGUCCCUAAAUUUAGAUUUAUUACUUUUCUUUACCAAAAACUUCUGAUCUCCUCUGCAUAUGAUGACUCAGCCUUGUCUCACAGCACGGUUAAAAAUAAUGUUGCGAGCUGGAGAGAUGGCUCAGAGGUUAAGAGCACUGACUGUUCUUCCAGAGGUCCUGAGUUCAAUUCCCAGCAACCACAUGGUGGCUCACAACCAUCUGUAAUGAGAUCUGGCGCCCUCUUCUGGCGUGCAGUUAUACAUGCUGUAUACAUAAUAAAUACAUCUUUAAAAAAAGAAAAAAAAAAAAAAAUAAUGUUGCUUUGUGAACUUUAAGGGCUUUGUUAGAAUGGACUAAUUUAGUUCCAGAAUAACAGUUUCUGGGGUCACAGUUAUGUUACGUUAUUCUUAUUUCUUAAGCAUAUAGCACCCCCAUCUGCCCUCCAGGUUCAGAAGCAGCUCAGGAGCUCUACUCCAGUUCCUCUUCCCCUGGGUCUCUGAGACGUUCAGGAGAUCACAGUCAUCAAUCCUUGGGCCGUUAGUGUGGACACCUGAGAAGCUGGACCCUUACGUUCCACAGUUCUGUGACUUUCAGAUUAGGCGUUUUGGAUAUUUGUCCAGUGAUGUGUCUCAAAUUUGAGAACAAUCUUUGACAAUAUUAUAGGUGCAAUAAAUACCAGUUUAAUAAAUGAUUCAUUGCCAAGAUGUUUUUUGUUUGUUUUUUUAAACGAAAGUCCUUAAAGUGGUAAUUGAGAAAGAGUUAUCUUAAUCUAGGGAAGGACAUAAAUAUUAUUUUGCCUAAUAAUUCUUAUUGGCAGGGCAAUAUCUGCUCUGAUAAGCCAGUUUUACAUAAAAUUAUUUAAUGGUGAAAAAAAAACCCAAGAUUUGGUUUAUUGUAAUGUAUUUUGGCUUAUCCUGACAAAACCAUAUCUUCUUACAUUUGUGAAAUGAUAUUUUUCUUUUUUUAAAUAAAAUUAUUAAAUACAUGGCAAUCUUCUGUAGCUUCCAAUGAAAAUACAUGUUCAGGUUCUAGAGUCACGCUGGGAAAAGAUCUAUGGAAUCAUAUGAUUGUCUGGUAUAGCUUUGUAUAGACUGUAUCCUCAAGGACUUAGUGAUUUCUCCUUUUCCUACACAAAGCUGUGUUCCUUUGUAUUUUUUAUGAGAUCUGUUGGAUUAUAUUAAUAUUUAAUUAUAUAGAGCCAAUUAUCUUUUGUGUAGACUUGUAAGUUGACAUCAUUGGCUUUUUCUGGCUUUCAUUUCUCACCCAUAUUUUAGUUCUUUUUGAUAUCAGCAUCUUCCCUAAGUGGCAAGACAAUAACUAAACAUGAAACAAAUGUAUUAGCAUGACAGUACAUCAAGUUCUGAUUGGGAAACUGAGAGACCACUGACCAAAACAGGAUGUUUGGACUAGCAUGAUUCAAGGCAAUGAGGCUUGAUGGAGGGAGGAAGCAGAUUCUUUAUCUUCUUUUCAUGAAAGUAUUCCUUGGAAGGACCCUAGUGACUGACUCCCAGUGUUAGAUCAAGGAUUGGCCAGUCUACUCUUUGGGCUAUCCCACAGCAUCAACUUUCAGUUAGACUGAUUCUGAAAAAAUAUCAGUUUCAAAUCAUUUUGAACUUUUUCUCGCCGCGCCCCCCCCCCCCCGCCCGCCCCCACGUAUGAUACCAGUGGCCUUAAAGAUAGGGAAAGUUUCUGAGUCUUUUUUUUUUUUUUUUUGGUUUUUCAAGAACAGGGUUUCUCUGUGUAGCUUUGCGCCUUUCCUGGAACUCGCUUUGGAGACCAGGCUGACCUUGAACUCACAGAGAUCUGCCUGCCUAUGCCUCCCGAGUUCUAGGAUUAAAGGUGUGCGCCACCACCGCCCGGCAAGUUUCUGAGUCUUAUUCCUACAGGACACUGUAGCACAUGGCCAUACAUACGUAAGGAUCGCUUUCCUAUUAGCUUCUGGAAGAAGUUGCAGGUUUGGGUGUUUUUUGUUUUUGUUUUGUUUUGUUUUGAGAAUUUGUAACUGCCAUGGUUUCCUUUCUUCCUUCAGCCAUGGUCUUGACAGGUUUGUUUCACAUCUCUUCCUUCUGACAAAAUGUGUUCCACCUAAGCAAUUACUGUUAAACACUAAACAAAGAUGUAUUUUCUCCUCUGGGUUUUCUGUUCCUGUGGCAUGAGUUUAUCUGUGUUUGAAAGGAACACUGCCUUCCCUUACACUGUACACACAGGUAAUAUUAGUUUGAUAUUAUCCCUUCAGAUCAGUCAUUAAUAUUGAAUAAUGUAGCUGGCAUUUCAUCUCCUUCCUAAAUCUCAGGAUGUUCUUGGUAUAAUUACUCCUGGGAGGCACUGCCUUUUUUGUUUUGUUUUGUUGUUAUUUUGAGACCAGGUCUUAGUCUACAUAGAAAUCACAUUGUAGUUCAGACUGGCUUUGAACAUUUUCUUGCCUCAGUCUUACUGGGAGUAUAGAUGUGAGCCACACUGCUAUCUUGGUGAUCUUUGAAAUUAAAAACAAACAGAGGGAUAACUCGCUGUGUAAAUGAGCUUAACAUUUAAGAUAGUUAAAGAUUAUUUGAAGGAUUUUUGUGGGAUGUGGCAUAGAGAGGAAUAUAACUAGUAGAUGCUUCACAGUUCAAAGAGGUAGAAUGCAGACCACCACAUUAAAUAAAGCCCUAGAGCUGCAGACUGGGCUCUGUGUUAGGGAGGAUUUCUCAAAACAUUGGAACCCUCUGGUAGCGACUGCCUUUCUGUCAAGCAAAGGGUAGAUAUAAACUGUAAAGAAAAUGUGGAGAUGACCUACCUUGUUGAUUGAGGGUUGAACCAGAUGCUCUAGUAACUCAAAUUUCUAUAUGGUAGUACCUUUCCUUAUGCUCAACUAAAUAUAUGUUGACCAGCAACUAAUGACAUUUAAAAGAGAAAAGGCUUUUUCUACUGUCAUAAAUGCACUACCUUCUAGGGAAAAGGUUAACUAUGUAUCCUUAGGCCAAACUAUGUAUCCUUAGGCUAAACUAGAAAUGCCUUGUCAGUCCCUGUUGAAAUCAAACUGGCUUCCAUGUUAAAAAUGGAAGAGGUAUGUAUCAUUUAGGCCAGGGCUAUGUGAAAUCAUGGAAAUUAUUCAUCUCAUUUGGCUUAGUACACAAUGUCUUCUCUUCGGAAUUUUAGAAGUGUUUUAGCGUAAGAGGAUCCUCCAUUAAAGAGUCCCUCAGUAGUCCAGUGUUCCAUGAGAGGAGGAUAAGGAGGGUCAUCGGCAGAAAUCCAUCCUUAAGAUCUGCUUGAGGAAGUCUCAAAUGACAUUUGAUAGGUUUUCUUGAUUUGGGGGAAAGUGAGUUUGAAAGGGUGAAGGCCAAUUGGCUUUAUGUACAAAGUAACAAAACAGGGCUUUAACUUGAAAAUAAAAUCACUUAAAGCAGUUUUUGCUAAUUAAAAUUUAUGAAAUUCCAUUUUUAAAAUAGCGUAUACCCUUUCCAGUCUGACAGGUGGCUCUUCCUUAGUCUUUACAAAAGCAAACCAUUGCGCUUGAAUCAGUAUGGGGAGAAAUAUACUUAAUUUGGGUGGGACUUUCUCUGACUCCUUGUAGAGGAAAUCUGAAGACAAAGGCUGGUUGCCAGUUCUUCUUUGGCCUCAUCAGGUGUAUGAGUUUAUUUUUAUUUUUAUUUUUCUUGCUUUUCACCGAUUUAAAGCAGAAUGGCAGAUGCUGAGCCAUAUUCCAAUGAAAUUCUUGGUCAGUGGCGAUGCCAGAGGGUGAUAAAGGGAGAGGCAUAAAAGUGGGGCACUAGGUUAGCUGUGUGCAGCCUUACAAUAUAAAAGUUAGUGAAGGCUGUGGGCAAAGUUUGAACUGGAGUUUUCUCAUCUGUGAGAUGAACCUGUUAGGAAUAUGCUGAAAAUUAGAUGAGGUAAAUUAAAAAUAUGUUGCUCAGCAAAUAGGAGGAACUCAGAUAUUAGGGUUUUUUGUUUUUGUUUUUGUUUUUUCUCUACCUACUCUAGACUUUGGAAGUAGGGGCACUGACAUGUGACUUUAGUCCCAGGUACUGGGGAAGCCGAGGUGGGAGCUAGGGUAACAAAGGGAGACUCCAUUUCUAGACUUUAAGAAAUGGUUUGGGGCAGUCUGUUACAAAGAAAAGAAUUCUAUUUCUACAAGGAAAUCUCUAAUUCACUUUGUUUCUUUCCAUACAUCUUGGGAGACAUUCUGUCUCAACAGACGAUUCCAGGGUUGUAAAUUCUUUAUCAGGAAACUCUCUCUUAGAACUGAAAUACCUCACAGUGCAAUGAAAACCUCUUCUUGGUCUCAUUCUCCAUGGGAAGACCAUGCCCUGGUUGUUAUCUUUAAGGGGUUACAUUUGCUGUCUACUGUCGCCCUUGUUUGUGUUUGAAAACUAGGUCACAAAAGCAUGUUAAGGUGGUUAUUGUUAUCCUCUUGGUGAACAUCAGGGUAGUUGUUGACUCUUAGUUUCUUACUGGGAUCAGAUUUAGAUAAUGAUACUAUUGAUUAGCUCUUCAAUUACUCAUGCAUUUCUCCUGUUACUAAUAAUGUAUAAUGAAUGACCAAGAAAGAGUAAUUCUGGUUGUGUGGCUCUUCUUUCCAUCUGUAGGUAAAAAUGGAAUCAUAAAUCCCAGUUAUAGGGUCUGCUUUUAGAAUUUAAUUCCAUAUAUGACAUCACUUGAAUGUAUUACUAAUACUCCAAGAUAUUUUUAUCCUUCUUUCUAUGUAUGUGCUACAUUUUGAAAUAAAAAUUGGGGUACUAAUCUCCCAAUAGAGCAAAAAUUCAAAUACAGAGUAAGAAAAGAAUCUGUUUGGUUAGAAUAAUUCAUUAGUUGGUGAAUGGCACAUAGCUUUUGUUUAAGAUUACACAGUUAUGCCUGGGUAGAAUAAUAAUAAUAAUAAUAAUAAACUUGAUAAAGCCCUCUGAAAAAAAGCUGCUAAGCAUAUUGCUUCUGGAAUGUAAUCAUUAGGAAUAAAUAUUCUCAUGUCCUAUACAAUUACAGAAUGUUAGUGGAACUUUCUUGUAGACUAUUUGACAAUGAAUGUCAGUUGAUUUACUAAAUGAUUUUUUAAAGUAAUUUUAUCCUUUAAGGACUGGUUGGGAUUUUCAGGUCCCUGACAUAAAACAUUUCGAAUGAUUGGAAUGCUGGCUUCUAACUUCUACUCAUUGGAGUGUCCGUCUAGACAUACCAGAUGGUUAGAGCUCCCUUGAUGGUGUGUAAACAAGACACACAAAGCUGUCUUAACUAGUGCAUGAGUAAAAUUGCUAUUUUCAGAAAAGAACAAAAUCCUGCUAAAAAUUUCAAUAAAGAACUAAGACAAGAAUUUUAAAAAAAGUAUGCCCUGUAUAUUAUUGCACACACUUUAUUGCAUGACUUUUAGCAUAGGGAUGAAAUAAAAUACAAAAUAUUUAAUUCUGGAGAUCUCAGCAGCUAGUUAAAAUAUUUACAGAAGCUGCUUUGUGAAGACUUAGAAAAUCCUUGAUUUUCUUCAUUUUCUUAAUCUCUCCAUUAAAACACAGAUAUUUUACAUAUACAGUUUCAGCAAACAGGUUGACCAGUGAAUUUUACAAACUCAAUUCCCAAUAUAUGGCUACUGGUGUUAUGCAUAAGAUCUCAGUAAACGACACAUAUAUAUCACUAUAUAAAUUCUAACAAUCUACUUUAAUAUAAGCAUAGUUCUUGGUUUUAAAUGUCAAUAUACAGAUAUUAACAGUACAAUAUAUAUUUUGUGUCCAUGUAUUAUUUUUACUUAACAAAAAGGCCAUUAGAAAUAUAAGCCACUGGUAACCCAAGUACAAUUAGUUAAAUACAUUGUGUAGAAAGAAGAUUUAUAAAAAAAAAAUUCAAUCCAGUUUCAAAAAGGGGACAAGGAAGAACCAGGAACCCAAACAAAAUGUUUUAAAGUUAAAUUAUGUCUUUUAAACAUUCACACAAUCCACACACAGUAACUCACCCCUUUGAAGUAUAAAAUGCAGUGUUUUUAGUAUACUCAUUAUAUUGUACAUUUCACUACUCUCUAACUUCAGAAUAUGUCAUUCCCAAAAGGCUCUGUAUCCAUUAGCAGGCAAACUUCCUCCUUCCCCUGCAUCUGGCAAUGGUCCAUCUGUUUUCUGUCUCUAUGGAUUUGCUUUUCAUAUAAUAUAACCAUACAAUGUGUGGCCUCUUGUGCCUGGCUUCUGUUAAGAUUUUCAAGGCUCAUCUGUGUUGUAGCAUGAGUCAGAACAUCCUUUUUAUGGCUAAGUAAUAUUCCAUUGUGUGUAUGUGUAUAUAUGUGUGUGUGUGUGUGUGUAUGUGUGUUGUGUGUGAGUGUGUGUAUUAUUUUAUUUGUGACCUUAUCACAUUUUGGAUAUUUAGAUUGUUUCUACUUUCUGGUUAGCAUAAGUAAUGCUGCUAGAACAUUUAUGUAAUUUUUGUACAUGGUCAUAUGGUUUCUUACACAUCUCAAAAACAAUUAGACUAACAAAUCAAGCAAUUUGUAUUUAUUUAAAUAGAACAUCUUAAAGUCCUGCUUGGAGAAUGAAACUUAUGAUCUUGCUUAAAUUGAUCAACAGGACCCCUGAAUAAUGCCUAGCUGUCAGGUUUAUUUGUGAGAAUCUUUCUGUGAGGAUGUCAUUUUAAUAUUGUUACCAAUUUUAUGAGGACUCCUUCAGUCUUUGUAGAAAUUACAUUGUCAUCACUGAGAAUUUCAAAGUGCUCAGCAUUCCUUUAAAGACAGCUACCAAUCAUACUGGAGAAGGCAUUCAUUAAACCUGGUAGGAUCAUUCAAUCAAUGAAGGAGCAUUUUAAAGGCAUGGUUUCUUAUUUAUCAAGUAUCUCAACAUUUGGAUCUUCCUCCUUGGAAAAAAGAUCAUCAAAUCGCCAAACCUACUGACUGUUGUAGUUUAAGUUUUAUUAUUAAGAAGUAAUUCAUAACGAGAGUAAAAGUGUAAAGGAUGUAUUUUGUGUGUAAAGAAUGAAUGUAUUUAACAAAAUCUUUUUAUUUGCAAUGAUUUUUUUAAAAAGCUGAAUGGAAAUUGAUUUCCCAUGUACUUGUACAUAAAUAAACAUUUCCUGUUGCCCCCAA